GGUACUGAGUGUGAGACAGAGGAAACAUGUGAUCCCCGCUCCUGCCCCAAUCUGAGCGUCCCCGGGAGUCACGUGGUUGGGAAGGGCGGGGAGCCGGGUGAGCUACGCCAGGAAGAGCCGUCACCGCUGCCGCUGCCCACCUAGCUUCUGGUUUCUCCGCCGCUAAGUCUAGGGAAAUCAAAGCGGGCGGGCAUACUUCCUCCAGUACCCUCUCCCCACCUUUCCUUGUCCAGGCGGCCACGCUGCGCAGGGCUCAAUCUCUGAGGAGAGAACGCUUGGUUCGAGGGACCCCUGCGCACCCCCGGAGCACCCGUUGGAGUCCAGACUUCUACCGAUGCUCCUUCUGGAAACCCCUGCAGUUCGUUUCUCACAAGCAACCCCCUUCAAAUGAAGAUUUCAGUUUAUUUGCGAGCUGGGGAAAGGAAGGACGACGAGGAGGAAAAAAGAGGGAGGCGGCGAAUGUCAAACGUAGAAUACACGUCCGUCUAGUCCACUGAGUGAAAUCGAGGGAGGGGACAUUCGGGGAGGCGGUGAAGAGGGCGCUGCCCAUUAAAAUCAGCUCUGAGAGUCCUGGCGGCGGUGGCGGUACAGGGCGCGUCACAUCCCCUUGACCCUCCAAUCACCUCGGGCUCCCAUUUGAUUGGAAGGCGGCAAAGGCUUUAAUCUCCCCCUUGGUGCAGCUGCUUUUGAAGUGAGUUUCCUCGCCAGAGCCCCGGCUGGACAGGCAGCGGCUCACAUCGUAGAGCGCAGCGCCGGCGAGGGGCCGCGAGAGCGCAGCGCAGGGGCGCAGCCCGCGGCAGACACGGCAAGCCGCCCGGUAUUCCCGCAGUCCAGCCGGCUCCUCCCGCCCGGCCAAGGCUCCGCUGCGGGCUACCCAGGAUUAUUCGCUUUUGACUCCUGGCGCCGAGAAGGCGCGCUGGGCGCCGGUGACCGCCGCUCCGGUUCCUCCUUCUCCUUCUGAUUCUGGUCCCCGGGCGAGCGCGCAGCCGGGAGCCCGCCCCGCGCUUCCCGGAGCCCUCCCCCCGCUGCUCCCAUGCGCGCGGGUGGGUCAUGAGCACAGCGCCCUCGCUUUCUGCCCUAAGAAGCAGUAAGCACGUCGGCGGCAGCGGCUGCGGCGGCGGCGGCGGCAGCAGUGCGGACCCUGCUUGGACCAGCGCGCUCUCUGGAAAUUGUUCCGGCCCCGGCCCCGGCCCCGGCUCCGGCUCCUCGGCCGGCAGCACCAAGCCUUUUGUGCACGCCGUGCCCCCCUCCGACCCUUUGCGCCAGGCCAACCGCCUGCCCAUUAAGGUGCUGAAGAUGCUGACUGCAAGGACUGGCCACAUUUUGCAUCCCGAAUACCUUCAGCCCUUGCCUUCCACGCCGGUCAGCCCCAUCGAGCUCGAUGCCAAGAAGAGCCCGCUGGCGUUGUUGGCGCAAACAUGCUCGCAGAUCGGGAAGCCCGACCCCUCGCCUUCCUCCAAACUCUCCUCGGUCGCCUCAAAUGGGGGCGGCGCGGGCAGUGCCGGCGGCGGCUCCGGGGGCGACAAGGACGCCAAGUCGGGCCCCCUCAAGCUGAGUGACAUCGGUGUGGAGGACAAGUCGAGUUUCAAGCCGUACUCCAAACCCGGCUCGGAUAAGAAGGAGCCAGGAGGCGGCGGCGGAGGAGGCGGGGGCGGCGGGGGCGGCGGUGGGGGGGUUUCGGCGGAGAAGUCGGGAUUCCGAGUACCGAGCGCCACCUGCCAGCCAUUCACGCCCAGGACAGGCAGCCCGAGCUCCAGCGCCUCGGCCUGCUCGCCGGGAGGCAUGCUGACCUCGGCUGGGGGCGGCCCAGAGGGCAAGGACGACAAGAAGGACCCCGACGCGGGCGGCGGCGGCAACAAGGGGACCGGGAGCGCCUCGGCCGAAGGGGGUCCCGCGGGACUGGCGCACGGCCGGAUUAGCUGCGGCGGCGGGAUUAAUGUGGAGGUGAACCAGCACACGGACGGGGGCCCGGGGGGCAAAGCUCUAGGCUCGGACUGCGGCGGCUCAUCAGGCUCCAGCUCCGGCUCGGGCCCCAACGCGCCCACCUCCUCCUCGGUGCUGGGCUCCGGGCUGGUGGCGCCCGUGUCGCCCUACAAGCCGGGCCAGACAGUGUUUCCUCUGCCUCCCGCAGGCAUGACCUACCCAGGCAGCCUGGCCGGGGCCUAUGCCGGCUACCCGCCCCAGUUUCUGCCGCAUGGCGUGGCGCUCGAUCCCACCAAGCCGGGCAGCCUGGUGGGGGCCCAGCUGGCGGCGGCCGCGGCCGGCUCUCUGGGCUGCAGUAAGCCGGCUGGCUCCAGCCCCUUGGCCGGAGCGUCGCCGCCGUCUGUAAUGACAGCCAGUUUGUGCCGGGACCCGUACUGCCUCAGCUACCACUGCGCCAGCCACCUGGCCGGGGCGGCGGCCGCCAGCGCAUCGUGCGCGCACGAUCCGGCCGCUGCGGCCGCGGCACUCAAAUCUGGAUACCCGCUGGUGUACCCCACGCACCCGCUGCACGGUGUGCACUCGUCGCUAACCGCCGCCGCCGCAGCGGGCGCCACACCGCCCUCCCUGGCCGGCCAUCCCCUCUACCCUUACGGCUUCAUGCUUCCUAACGACCCGCUUCCCCAUAUCUGCAACUGGGUGUCGGCCAACGGGCCAUGCGACAAGCGCUUCGCCACGUCCGAAGAGCUACUGAGCCACUUGCGGACGCAUACGGCCUUCCCCGGGACGGACAAACUGCUGUCGGGCUACCCCAGCUCGUCGUCUCUGGCCAGCGCCGCCGCCGCCGCCAUGGCUUGUCACAUGCACAUCCCCACGUCGGGGGCGCCGGGCAGCCCCGGGACGCUGGCGCUGCGAAGCCCCCACCACGCGCUGGGCCUCAGCAGCCGAUACCACCCCUACUCCAAGAGCCCGCUCCCCACGCCCGGCGCCCCGGUGCCGGUGCCCGCUGCCACCGGACCCUACUACUCUCCCUACGCCCUCUACGGACAGAGACUGACCACGGCCUCGGCUCUGGGAUAUCAGUGAGGGCGGUCUGGAGGGCUAGCUAAAGAGAGAAAGGCGCUUGGUGGGGAGGAGGAGCCGAGGGAGGAAGGGGGCGAAAUUCUGGGGAGGGGCGGGAGCAGGGCUGAGUCUACGGACACCCGCGCGUGGGGAAGACCCGGGCCGUGAAAGGAAAAAAACAUAUACCAUAUCUAUCCGACAACAGCGUUCGAGACCCGGUGGGAAAUUCCUCUCCCCUCCACCUCUCACCUCCUCACCCAAACUUUAUAAAAGUUGAAAACAAUAUCAUUUGACUUUUUAUAGAGAAAAAAAGAAAAAAAAAAUGAUUGAGAAAGUGUUCAUCUGAGGACUGCGUCGGUGAACACUGGUAUUUAUUUA